AUGCCCACUCCGGUCAAGUCGUCUCUAGAUGGUGUGACAUGUGACUCAGGGGAGUUGGAGCAGGUGGAGCGAGCAGUUCCAACAGGUUUGGGGAAAGUGCCCAGAGAUUUGGUGAGAAACUUCCCACAUACUAAACGUGUAGGAAGCUACCUGGUGGGCAAAAUGAUCAACAAGGGCUCUUUUGCUAAGGUGAUGGAGGGUAUGCACAUCAGCACAGGAGAGAAGGUGGCCAUUAAAGUAAUCGAUAAGAAGAAGGCACGGCAGGAUGCGUACGUGUUGAAAAAUAUGAAACGCGAGCCGAAGAUCCACCAGAUGAUCCGUCACCCUAACAUUGUCCUUCUGCUGGAGACCCUAGAGACCGAGAACUGCUACUAUAUGGCUAUGGAGCUGUGUGCCGGAGGAGACCUGAUGGACAGAAUCUGUGAACGCAAACGUCUGGAGGAGAGAGAGGUCCGCCGAUACACAAGACAGAUCCUGUCCGCUGUCGAUCAUCUGCAUACACAUGGAAUAGUGCACAGAGAUCUGAAAAUUGAGAACUUUCUCCUUGAUGAACAUAACAACAUUAAGAUAGUUGACUUCGGUCUCAGUAACACUCUGAAGCUAGACUCUCUCUCCCCGGAUCUGUUAAGCACUCAGUGUGGAAGUCCUGCAUAUGCUGCCCCAGAGCUUCUUGCACACAGGAAGUAUGGCCCUAAAGUGGACGUAUGGUCUGUGGGUGUGAGUAUGUUUGCCAUGAUGACCGGUACUCUUCCCUUCACUGUAGAGCCAUUCAACAUAAAACAUCUUCAUCAGAAAAUGAUUAAUGGAGAAAUCAACACGAUCCCAUCUGACAUUAGUAAAGGGGCGGUGCAUUUUGUUUUGUCUCUGCUGGAGCCGGACCCGGCGAAGAGGCCAAGUGUGAAAGCAGCACUUGAGGAGAACUGGCUUAAUGAGGGCUACAGCGCGAGACCCUUACACACUUUGGUCUAUAAGAACAGACUGCAUCCAGAAGAACUCAACUCAGUUGUGUUAAACUACAUGACUGAGGAUCUUGGUUAUGGCCUCUCAGACAUUAUACACACAGUCAUCAACAACAAACCCACCACCAUCUUAGCUACCUACCAACUCCUGCUAAAAAAAAUGAACAGGCACCAGAAAUCAUCCAAGAACAUGAAGAAGCUGGAAUCUAGUGAGUGGAACCUUCGAAACAAGCUUGGGUGGAAUGAGAGGAGCAACACAUCAGAGAGGGGUCAGCAACAGAAGACUGAGAAUGAGACAAGCAAUGAGAGGAGCCAGAGGCAGUCAAGUAAGACACAGAGGAUCCCAUCACAAGAUAGAGAUUUCCUGAGGAAGGCAGAGGAAAUGAUUAGGCAGAAGCAGUCAAGCUCAGAGCAAAGAACAUCUACUGCUACUAAUCAGCCCAUAGACAUCUUUACCAACCAUGACGUUGCAAGCAACACAGAGACAAGAGAAAGCCUAUUCCCUGAAGUUGCAGUUCUUGGUGAGAAGGAACUUGUUCAUGCAUCACCCCCCAAAUGCCCCUGUAGGGAAGGAAGCAGCUCUAAGCUUUGUAACUGCACUUCUUGUGAUGCUCCAAUCAUUUUAGAAAGUAAGAAAAACUCCAGCAAAGCACCAAACAAAGAUCACGAUCUGAGACCAACACACUCUGAGAACUGCUCAAGAGAGGAUUCUGUACACCGGCAUGAUGACAAAUUGGAAAAGAUACAGAUGUUCUACACUGAGAAAGUGUCAUCACCCAGAAUGCAUCUAGACAGUAAAGCAGGUCAACGUUUUAAAGACCUCCUACUGGCCAUUGAGGAAAAGACCCACACUACCCAUCAACUGAGCACAAUGGAAUCUGCUUUACAAACUUCCCCAUUACCACGGUUACGUCACAGAACUCUCAAAGACAUUUCACCAAGAAAAGUGGUUUGGGCGGGGCUUAAACAUCACACUGGGCCAUCUACAGGCUCCUCACCUUUUCUGGUAAAUGGUUCAAAACCACCAGUGUUUUUGUCCCAGAGGCAGCAGGCUCUGGUUAUAAAGAGUCUGAGGCACACAAAAGAAAAGAGGAACACUGGACCAGGGGGAGGAAGGACGAUGGGCAUUCCAGAAAACAUGGUAAAAACUCAGCACUUUGGGCCGUUAAGGACUAGUCAGCGCAGGGACACAGACCUAAACCUUCCCAUGCUCCCUUCCAACUUCCAUAGCAAGGAAAAGAAAACCGAAUUUCUCAGAUUGGAUUUUGGUUGAAAGGGUGUUGGGAGGAGGAGUGAAGGAGACAAUGUAAAAAUAUAAUAUUACAAUGAGCACUGAUUUUAACACCAGUGAUGGAAAUAUAUAUAAGAUUUAAGGAAGGACUUUUUGUGUACCUCGUAAUCUAAAAUUUAUAUUGUUUUGUACGUUUGUACACUGAACCUUUAAGUCCUGUAGAAAGCCUAUGAUUCCACCUCACCUGGCAAUAUUUUUCCUCUGCUUUAUAAUUGCAUAGCAAUUAUCUGCUAUAACCUCAGACAUAAUCGAGAUAGCUAGCUUGGUUCACUUGAAAUGGUGCUAGCAUACAAUAUUGUCAGUUUUAAACAGAUUAUACAGCAAAGACCAUGUUAUUAUUCUAACUGAUGCCUCCAUUGUUUUAGAAGUUUGGUAACCAAGCAUGGGCCAGGAACAGGACCUGUAAAUUUCCACUAUUUUUUUCCAUAAAAAUGUGCAUCAAAUGAUCAGUAGUCUUAAACGCUGUUGCUUCUGAAACACACAUGCCAAAGUAAAAAUCAAAAUGUACUAGAAGCAUCCAUUAGGACAUAAGCUCAUUUGCUACGCUACAAUUAUACAGACAAGCAAUUAAACCUCUCAUUAUAUGCCCUCUUCUCAUUGUCAUUUAUCCUUAAGCCAAUGUAUCUCUAUUUGCGCUUUAUUGUAUGCUCAGGGUCUGAUUGAUGCCCAUUGUGCUUAUAAGCCUGUAUCAUGUUGCUAUUUAUGAAUGAGCAUUGCUGAAUGAAGUCAAUCAGUCGUGCCAAAGGAUGACGUUCUAAUUGUUAUUCCAAGACCUUGGAUAAUAA